CCUCAUGACUUGCCUCCUUUCCUCCCCGCUCCUCCAGUUCUCGCCUGAUCUUCCCUCAAUUAUCGCGUCUCUUCUUCGCUCCCCCUACCAGGUGGCCUUGAAUAAUCUGACAUAAGUGGAUUAGACUGACUGAGAAACCAGGAAGUAUUACCUUGGUCUGGCUACGGUAAGGGAAAGGUGGCAGAGAAGUGACUUGAAUAUCAGAACAGGCCAAGUAUGGAUUGGCUGUGAUUCCAGCAGGAUCAGAAAGUGGAAAAACUAAUAAAAAUGAAAGUAGACCGAACUAAGCUGAAAAAAACGCCCACUGAGGCUCCUGCAGACUGCAGAGCCUUGAUAGACAAACUCAAGAUUUGCAAUGAUGAACAGCUGUUGCUGGAACUCCAACAGAUCAAAACAUGGAAUAUUGGGAAGUGUGAGCUUUACCACUGGGUCGACCUUCUCGACAGAUUUGAUGGCAUCCUGGCUGAUGCUGGACAGACUGUGGAGAACAUGUCAUGGAUGCUAGUGUGUGAUCGGCCAGAGAGAGAACAGCUGAAGGCCCUGCUGCUGUCAGUGCUGAACUUCACUGCCCUGCUCAUAGAAUACAGCUUUUCUCGUCAUCUAUACAGCUCUAUUGAGCACCUAACAACGCUGUUGGCAUCCUCUGAUAUGCAAGUGGUUCUUGCUGUGCUAAACUUACUAUAUGUGUUUAGCAAACGCUCCAAUUACAUCACACGUCUCGGCUCUGACAAGAGGAUGCCUCUUCUGUCUCGGCUGCAGCAUUUGGCAGAGAGCUGGGGUGGCAAGGAGAAUGGCUUUGGCCUUGCAGAAUGUUGUAGAGAUUUGCACAUGCUGAAAUACCCUCCCAGUGCAACUACACUACACUUUGAAUUCUAUGCAGAGCCAGGGGCCGAAGUCAAAGUGGACAAAAGGACUACCAGCAACACACUACAUUAUAUCCACAUAGAACAACUUGAUAAGAUUUCAGAAAGUCCCUCUGAAAUUAUGGAAUCCCUCACCAAAAUGUACAGUAUCCCAAAGGAUAAACAGAUGCUGCUGUUUACACACAUUCGCUUGGCCCAUGGCUUUUCCAAUCAUAAAAAGCGGUUGCAAGCUGUCCAAGCCAGACUGCAUGCCAUUUCUAUAUUAGUAUACUCAAAUGCUUUGCAGGAAUCUGCCAACAGCAUACUAUACAAUGGGUUGAUAGAAGAGUUAGUGGAUGUGCUGCAAAUUACAGAUAAACAAUUAAUGGAUAUUAAAGCUGCCUCACUGAGGACAUUAACUUCCAUUGUGCACUUGGAACGGACUCCAAAACUCAGCAGUAUUAUUGACUGCACUGGAACAGCUUCCUACCAUGGAUUUUUACCAGUACUAGUCCGGAACUGUAUACAGGCCAUGAUUGAUCCCUCUAUGGAGCCAUAUCCCCACCAGUUUGCCACAGCCCUCUUCUCAUUCUUAUAUCACUUGGCGAGCUAUGAUGCAGGAGGGGAAGCUCUUGUCUCGUGUGGCAUGAUGGAAGCCUUACUGAAGGUGAUCAAGUUCUUGGGGGAUGAACAGGACCAGAUCACUUUUGUGACCAGAGCAGUCCGUGUUGUGGAUUUAAUCACAAACCUAGACAUGGCAGCCUUCCAGUCUCACAGUGGCCUCUCUAUCUUCAUCUACCGACUAGAGCAUGAAGCAGACCUAUGUCGGAGGGAAUGUCCUUUUGUAAUCAAACCAAAGAUCCAGAGACCUGCUGUUUCCACUGUUACACAGGAGGGUGAAGAGAUGGAGACAGACGUAGAAGUUUCUGAUGUAGCCAUGGAAAGUAGCCCUGGGCCUUCCACCUCUGGAGAGAAUCGGCAGGAAGUAGUGGUUGAAACACGAGCUUCAAAUGCCACCACUCCAAGUAGCAGCAGCAGCAGCAACAGCAGCAGCAGCAGCAACACAAACACCAUAAUUUCACCCCGAAGUGGAGUCCAGUGCAUCCCUCAACGAGCAGCACUUCUGAAGUCUAUGUUGAACUUCCUAAAAAAGGCCAUCCAAGACCCAGCUUUCUCAGAUGGCAUACGUCAUGUGAUGGAUGGCUCUUUGCCUACCUCUCUGAAACAUAUUAUCAGCAAUGCAGAAUAUUAUGGACCCUCGCUCUUUUUACUCGCCACUGAGGUGGUAACAGUCUUUGUAUUCCAAGAGCCUUCGCUGCUGUCCUCCCUACAGGACAAUGGCCUAACAGACGUCAUGCUGCAUGCUCUCCUUAUUAAAGAUGUCCCUGCAACUAGGGAAGUUCUGGGUUCUCUCCCGAAUGUCUUCAGUGCUCUGUGCCUGAAUGCCCGGGGACUUCAAUCCUUUGUUCAAUGUCAGCCUUUUGAGCGUCUCUUCAAGGUCUUGCUCUCUCCAGACUAUCUCCCUGCAAUGAGGAGGCGGCGUAGUUCAGAUCCACUUGGAGAUACUGCUUCCAAUCUUGGAAGUGCUGUUGAUGAGCUCAUGAGACAUCAGCCCACGCUCAAGACAGAUGCUACCACAGCCAUAAUUAAGUUGCUGGAAGAGAUUUGUAACCUGGGCCGAGAUCCCAAGUAUAUUUGCCAAAAGCCCUCAAUUCAGAAGGCUGAUGGAACAACUACUGCUCCUCCACCUCGUUCCACUCAUGCAGCUGAGGAGGCUUCCAGUGAGGAUGAAGAAGAGGAAGAAGUACAAGCCAUGCAAAGCUUCAAUGCCACACAGCAGAGUGAGGCGGAAGCUAGUCAACAGGUCGUUGGGACAGAAGAACGGAUACCAAUUCCUCUCAUGGAUUACAUCCUUAAUGUGAUGAAAUUUGUGGAAUCGAUCCUCAGCAAUAAUACUACCGAUGACCAUUGCCAGGAAUUUGUGAAUCAGAAGGGUCUGCUGCCCCUUGUGACCAUCUUGGGCCUGCCCAACUUGCCCAUAGACUUCCCCACUUCAGCAGCCUGCCAAGCUGUGGCUGGAGUCUGCAAAUCCAUAUUGGUAAGGAGGAGAAUACAACAUUUCCCUUUCCAGAAGACACUGUCUCAUGAGCCAAAAGUGUUGCAAGAAGGGUUGCUUCAACUGGAUUCCAUCCUCUCUUCCUUGGAGCCUUUGCACCGGCCCAUCGAGGAACCUGGUGGUUCGGUCCUGCUGCGGGAAUUGGCAUGUGCUGGCAAUGUAGCUGAUGCUACUCUCUCUGCCCAGGCCACACCCUUACUCCAUGCCCUAACAGCAGCCCAUGCUUACAUCAUGAUGUUUGUGCACACCUGCCGUGUAGGACAAAGUGAAAUUAGAGCCAUUUCAGUAAACCAGUGGGGUUCGCAGUUGGGUCUGAGUGUGCUGAGCAAGCUGAGCCAGCUGUACUGUUCACUGGUAUGGGAAAGCACUGUGCUGCUGUCGUUAUGCACGCCAAACAGUUUACCUUCAGGUUGUGAAUUUGGCCAGGCUGACAUGCAGAAAUUGGUGCCAAAGGAAGAGAAAACUGUACCGAGUGCUACCCAGGGAGCCAAAAAAGCAGAUGGUGAACCAGAAACAGUGGGAGCUGGAACCAUGGAGGCUUCUGCCCAAGGCCUGCUAGAAGGAAUUGGCCUAGAUGGUGACACCCUGGCACCAAUGGAAACUGAUGAGCCUAGUUCUUCUGAUCCAAAGGGGAAGUCAAAAAUAACCCCAGCCAUGGCAGCUCGAAUCAAGCAGAUCAAGCCCCUUCUAUCAGCAUCUUCUAGGUUAGGACGUGCUUUGGCCGAAUUAUUUGGGUUGCUGGUCAAAUUGUGUGUUGGUUCCCCGGUAAGACAACGUAGGAGCCAUCACGCUGCUAGCACCACUACUGCUCCCACUCCUGCUGCUCGCUCAACAGCUUCAGCACUCACCAAACUACUCACCAAGGGGCUUUCCUGGCAACCCCCACCAUAUACACCCACACCUCGCUUCCGUUUGACUUUUUUCAUCUGUUCUGUCGGUUUCACCUCACCAAUGCUGUUUGAUGAGAGGAAAUAUCCCUACCACCUGAUGCUGCAAAAAUUCUUAUGCUCUGGAGGCCAUAAUGCUCUUUUUGAGACUUUCAACUGGGCCCUUUCUAUGGGAGGCAAAGUUCCAGUUGCUGAAGGAUUGGAACACCCAGAUUUGCCUGAUGGCACAGGCGAGUUCCUGGAUGCCUGGCUCAUGUUGGUGGAGAAAAUGGUGAAUCCUACCACGGUGCUGGAAUCUCCCCAUUCCUUGCCUGUGAAGCUACCAGGUGGGCAGAACUACCUGCAAUUCAGUGCUUUGCGUUUUCUUGUGGUAACACAGAAGGCAGCCUUCACUUGCAUCAAAAACCUAUGGAACCGUAAGCCCCUGAAAGUAUACGGAGGACGCAUGGCAGAGUCCAUGUUGGCUAUCCUGUGUCACAUCCUGCGUGGAGAACCAGUUAUCCGUGAGCGUCUUGGCAAGGAGAAAGAGGGAGCCCGUAGUGAGGAAGAAUCAGGGCAAGAAGAAGGUGGUGCCCGAAGGGAGCCACAAGUGAACCAGCAGCAGCUUCAGCAGCUGAUGGACAUGGGCUUUACACGAGAGCAUGCUAUGGAAGCUCUGUUGAACACCAGUACCAUGGAACAAGCCACAGAGUAUCUUCUGACACAUCCUCCACCCCUUAUGGGUGGGGUUGUAAGGGAUCUCAGCAUGUCUGAAGAAGAUCAGAUGAUGAGGGCCAUUGCUAUGUCCCUGGGACAAGACAUCCCCAUGGACCAAAGGGCUGAAUCCCCAGAGGAAGCUGCUUGUCGGAAAGAAGAAGAAGAACGGAAGGCUCGAGAGAAACAGGAGGAAGAAGAAGCCAAGUGUCUAGAGAAGUUCCAGGAUGCAGAACCUCUUGAGCAAGAAGAGUUGCACAACUUCACUGACACUAUGCUACCUGGCUGCUUUCACCUGCUGGAUGAGCUCCCAGAUACAGUGUACCGUGUCUGUGACCUCAUUAUGACUGCCAUCAAACGUAACGGAGCUGAUUAUAGAGAUAUGAUCCUCAAACAAGUUGUGAAUCAGGUGUGGGAAGCUGCUGAUGUGCUCAUCAAGGCAGCUCUGCCCCUCACUACAAGUGAUACAAAGACUGUCUCUGAAUGGAUUAGCCAGAUGGCUACCCUACCUCAGGCCUCCAAUCUGGCCACGCGUAUCCUGCUAUUAACUUUACUAUUUGAGGAGUUGAAGUUGCCAUGUGCUCGUGUCGUGGAAUCAAGUGGCAUUCUCAAUGUUUUGAUAAAACUGUUGGAAGUGGUACAACCUUGCCUACAAGCUGCCAAGGAACAGAAGGAAGUGCAGACACCAAAGUGGAUCACCCCAGUAUUGCUGUUAAUUGACUUCUAUGAGAAAACAGCUAUCUCCUCCAAGAGAAGAGCCCAAAUGAACAAGUACCUUCAGGCUAAUGGCAACAACUGGCGAUGGUUUGAUGAUCGUUCGGGCCGAUGGUGUAGCUAUAGCGCAAGUAAUAAUAGCACUAUUGACACAGCUUGGAAAGCGGGAGAGACUAGCGUCCGUUUCACUGCUGGCCGACGGCGCUACACAGUGCAGUUCACCACCAUGGUGCAGGUGAAUGAAGAAACUGGAAACAGGAGGCCAGUAAUGCUGACUUUGCUCAGGGUUCCCCGACUUGGCAAGACCGUGAAGGAAAACAACGGACAAGAGCUGGAGAGAACGUUGGAGGAAGGGAAAGAAAUGGAAAGCAAGGUUAAGGAGGAGAAGACAAACGAUAGCCCCGUGCCUGCUGAUGGCCUAGCCCCGGAGAAAGAAACACCGCCAGAAGAGGUGAAACCCUCAGAGAUCUUAAUCCAAGGCCUGACAGAGGAGAUGGUGACAGUCUUGAUCCGGGCCUGUGUGAGCAUGUUGGGUGUGCCUGUGGAGCCAGACACUCUGCACGCCACCCUGCGCCUCUGUCUGCGUCUCACCCGCCACCACAAAUAUGCCAUGAUGUUUGCUGAACUCAAGAGCACGCGCAUGAUCCUGGGCUUGACCCAGAGCUCUGGUUUCAACGGCUUCACCCCUCUUGUCACCCUGCUUUUCCGACACAUCAUAGAGGAUCCCUGCACACUGCAUCACACUAUGGAAAAGGUGGUGCGCUCAGCAGCCACUAGUGGAGCAGGCAGCACCACUUCAGGUGUGGUGUCAGGCAGCUUGGGCUCCCGAGAGAUCAACUAUAUCUUGCGAGUGCUGGGCCCAGCUGCUUGCCGAAAUCCUGAGAUCUUCACUGAGGUAGCCAACGGUUGCAUUCGUAUUGCUCUGCCCGCUCCCCGUGGCUCCGGAACUGCUCCCCAAGCCUCUGACGACGAGUUCGAGAACUUGCGGAUUAAGGGCCCCAAUGCUGUCCAGCUAGUGAAAACUACUCCAGUUAAACCUUCACCACUACCUGUCAUACCUGAUACGAUCAAGGAGGUGAUCUAUGACAUGCUGAAUGCUUUGGCUGCCUACCAUGCCCCUGAUGAAGCAGACAAAUCUGAGCCCAAAGUGAAUACUACUAAUCAGGAAGUGAGCCAGAUUCUACAAGACCUGGGAGACGAUGUGUACCAGCAAUACCGCUCUUUGACUCGACAGAGCAGUGAUUUCGAUUCUCAGACAGGCUUUGGCAUCAAUGCUCAGGUCUUUGCUGCUGAUAGUGCAGCCUCUGAGAUUCCUCAGUCUGGAACUCCUCAAGGUGAUGCUUCUACACCUGAAGAAUCUAGAGAAAAUAAGAAGGAUAAAGAUGGCGAUAAAGCUGCAGAGGAAAACAAGCAAAAGGCUAAGGGGAGCAAGCCACUUAUGCCUACCUCUACUAUUCUGCGGCUCCUGGCAGAGCUUGUGCGCUCAUAUGUGGGCAUUGCUACAUUAAUUGCAAACUACAGUUACACCGUGGGCCAGUCUGAACUUAUAAAAGAGGACUGUAGUGUUUUGGCUUUUGUUCUGGACCAUCUCCUGCCCCACACCCAGAAUGCCGAAGACAAAGAUACACCAGCCCUGGCUCGGCUCUUUCUAGCCAGUUUGGCUGCAGCGGGUAGUGGCACUGAUGCCCAGGUGGCCUUGGUGAAUGAAGUGAAGGCAGCCCUGGGCCGGGCAUUGGCCAUGGCAGAAAGCACGGAAAAACAUGCCAGGCUACAGGCAGUGAUGUGCAUCAUCAGCACCAUCAUGGAAUCCUGCCCAUCCACCUCCAGCUUCUACAGCAGCGCCACAGCCAAGACACAGCACAACGGCAUGAACAAUAUCAUCCGCCUGUUCCUCAAGAAAGGGUUGGUCAAUGACUUGGCCAGAGUGCCCCACAGUCUUGAUCUGUCCAGUCCCAACAUGGCCAACACAGUUAAUGCUGCCUUGAAACCCCUGGAGACAUUGUCACGUAUUGUCAAUCAGCCCAGCAGUCUCUUCGGUAGCAAAAGUGCCUCAAGCAAGAGCAAGGCAGAGCAGGAUGCUCAGGGAGUAGCACGAGAUGCCAGCAGCGGUCAACAAGAUGCAGGAGAAAGUGGAGAAACAGAAGCUCCCGAGGAGGACCAUGACGUUGCACAAGCAGAAGUAACAGAUGGUGACAUCAUGGAUGGUGAAGCAGAGACUGACGCAGUGGUGAUUGCGGGGCAGCCUGAAGUCCUGAGCACACAAGAGAUGCAGGUCGAAAAUGAACUGGAAGAUCUGAUUGAUGAAUUACUGGAGCAAGAUGGUGGCUCAGGAAAUAGUACUAUAAUAGUGGGACGAAGUGGAGAGGAUGAGUCUCAGGAGGAUGUGUUGAUGGAUGAGGCACCUUCCAAUCUGAGCCAGGCUUCCACACUACAGGCCAACAGGGAAGAUUCUAUGAAUAUCUUGGAUCCUGAAGAUGAGGAAGAGCACACACAGGAAGAAGACAGCAGUGGUAGCAAUGAGGAUGAAGAUGAUAGUCAAGAUGAGGAAGAAGAGGAGGAGGAGGAAGAUGAAGAUGAUCAGGAUGAUGAAGAAGGUGAAGAAGGUGAAGAAGAGGAAGAUGAUGAUGACGGCUCCGAGAUGGAGUUAGAUGAAGACUAUCCUGAUAUGAAUGCCUCCCCGCUGGUGCGUUUUGAACGCUUUGACCGUGAAGAUGACCUCAUCAUAGAAUUUGACAACAUGUUCUCCAGCGCCACGGAUAUUCCUCCAUCACCUGGCAAUAUUCCGGCCACUCACCCACUUAUGGUACGGCAUGCAGACCAUAGCUCUUUGACUUUGGGUAGCGGUUCCUCUACUACUCGAUUGGCCCAAGGCAUUGGUCGCAGCCAGAGGACAUUACGACAACUGACCGCCAAUACGGGACAUACAAUUCAUGUGCAUUAUCCAGGCACCCGACAGCCCAACCCACCUCUAAUUCUGCAGAGAUUGCUGGGUCCUUCAGCAGCCGCAGACAUCCUGCAGCUAAGCAGUAGCCUUCCACUCCAGAGUCGAGGUCGUGCUCGCCUCCUGGUAGGCAAUGAUGAUGUGCACAUAAUUGCUCGCUCGGAUGAUGAGUUGCUGGAUGAGUUCUUUCAUGACCAGAGCACAGCUACCAGCCAGGCAGGAACAUUGUCAAGCAUCCCAACUGCCUUGACACGCUGGACGGAAGAAUGCAAAGUACUUGAUGCGGAAAGCAUGCAUGAUUGUGUUUCAGUGGUCAAAGUCCCCAUUAUCAACCACUUGGAAGCCUUGAGGGAUGAAGAGCUAGAGGAAAGAAGAGAGAAAAGACGCAAGCAAUUGGCGGAGGAAGAGGCCAAAGUGUCUGAUAAGGCCAAAGAUUCAGAAGACAAGGAGCAGAAUCCUCAGGGACCAGUGCCACAGUCAAACAGUUCAGCUGAGCAGAAUCUCCCAGAUGGUGCCACCCAUCCCGACGGCUACCCCGCAGUCUCAGCUGCCGCCAAAGACACCUCGGCUGGCUCUAAGCAGACUCUGGUCACAUUGGAGAGCCCCCAGCAGCAGCAGCAGCAACAAGCAACAGGGGCAGGAGAGCUCCCUUCAGAGCUGGUGGGGCAGUCCACUGCUCAGGCUUCUGGGCAACUGCUGAUGCCAGUGGAGCAGGAGGACUCGGGCCCUGGGAGGCUGAGCACAGACGCUGAGGCCACGCAGAUGGAGCUUUCACCUGCCCCCACCAUCACUUCGCUCUCUCCAGAGAGAGCUGAAGACUCAGAUGCCUUGACUGCUGUCAGCAGCCAGUUGGAGGGCUCACCCAUGGACACCAGCAGCCUGGCUUCAUGCAAUCUGGAAGAAAGCGUGGCGGAGAGUGGUGGAGCUAGCACCGUGGAACAGGCAGGCACAGAUGCUGUGGUGGCAGCAGCCGAUGCAAGCCAACAAGGGCCAAACGCCCAUACUGCUAGGGAGGGCCAGCCUGAUCCCAGCCAGCAGGUGGAUGAUGGCUCUCCACCGGCAUCCUCUGAGAGCUCCUCCACCAGAGAUUCAGCUGUAGCCAUUUCUGGUGCUGAUUCUCGGGGCAUCUUGGAAGAACCACUGCCUUCCACCAGCAGUGAAGAGGAAGAUCCUUUGGCAGGAAUAAAUCUUCCUGAAGGUGUCGACCCAUCUUUUUUGGCUGCCCUGCCUGAUGACAUUCGACGCGAAGUGCUGCAGAACCAGUUGGGUAUCCGGCCUCCUGCCCGUUCAGCUCCUACCACCACGGCCACAACUCCAACACCUCCUGUAGUGGGCAAUCCUGGUGUGACAGAAGUCAGUCCUGAGUUCUUGGCUGCUUUGCCCCCAGCUAUCCAGGAAGAGGUGUUGGCACAGCAGCGGGCAGAACAGCAAAGGCGUGAGCUUGCCCAAAGCACAAGCUCAGACACACCCAUGGAUCCAGUGACUUUCAUUCAAACACUGCCAUCAGAUCUGCGGCGCAGUGUGCUGGAAGACAUGGAGGAUAGUGUAUUGGCAGUCAUGCCUCCUGAUAUUGCUGCUGAGGCACAGGCUCUGAGGCGAGAACAGGAAGCCCGCCAGCGUCAACUGAUGCAUGAGCGUCUCUUUGGCCACUCUAGCACUUCUGCCUUGUCUGCUAUUUUGCGUAGCCCAGCCUUCACAAGUCGAUUGAGUGGAAACAGAGGUGUCCAGUAUACACGCUUAGCUGUACAAAGAGGAGGUACCUUCCAGAUGGGUGGUAGCAGCAGCCACAGCAGACCUUCAGGCAGCAAUGUAGACAGUCUGCUGCGUUUGCGUGGACGCCUUCUACUGGACCAUGAGGCCUUGUCCUGUCUGUUGGUCCUGCUUUUUGUAGAUGAGCCAAAGCUGAACACAAGCCGGCUUCAUCGGGUGUUGCGGAAUCUUUGUUAUCAUGCGCAGACACGAAACUGGGUGAUUCGGAGCCUACUUUCCAUCCUGCAGCGCAGCAGUGAGAGCGAACUGUGCGUGGAGACGCCCAAGGGGACUGUGGCACCAGAUGACAAAGGCAAAAGGGCAGCCAAAGGCUGUGGUGCAGACAGCCGGCCACUCGACCUGUUGCAUAAAAUGGAAUCCAAAAGCUCGGGGCAACUUUCUUGGCUCUCAGUUUCCAUGGAUGCAGCUCUGGGUUGUAGAACCAACAUCUUCCAGAUCCAGCGAGCUGGAGGCCGCAAGCACACGGAGAAGCAUGCUGCCGCUGGUUCCACGGUUCACAUACACCCACAGGCUGCCCCAGUGGUCUGCCGUCAUGUACUUGAUACUCUCAUUCAACUUGCCAAGGUGAAGGCAAGAGAUUUUUAAUGUACUACUCUUGAUACAAUAAGGAAAAGCUUUUUUUUUUUUUUUUCAUUUUGAGGAAUACUCGGAAGAAGCAGGCCAGUUUGUUUUUGGAGAAAAGAUUGAAAUAUUGCAGUUAAAAAAAACCCAAAUUAAUUCCAUGUGUAAAUCAAGUUGACAGGGCUGAUUAUCACAAGGAGAUAGAUGUAGAAAUUUUUUUAGCAACAAGUUCCUAAAUAGAAAAUAGUGAGCUAUAGAACUAUACAUAUGUACAAUAAUAUAUCUUAUUUACAAGAUUUAAAUCCAUCUUGUCCAUGGGUGUGCUAAAAACCACAAAGAGAACCAGCAUAAACACUUAAAAAAAAACCCAUAUAGAAGCACAACUAAUUUUAAUGGGGAAGAGUGAAAUUGUAAUUUUCAUUUCAGUAUUUCCAAGCUGCUUUUUUAAUUCUUAGGCUUGACGAAUGAAAUACGAGUACAUUUACUUCUCCCUUGUAUUUGUUAUGAAGAUAUUGACCCAGUCAUUGACUGCCAGAAUUGUUGUCCUCAUUGUGAGUUGAUGUGGCCAGAAUUCCGUUGCAGUCGGCUGCAGUGCAUUAACUUUGUCCCCCAAAGUCCAUGUGCCACAUUAGAAAUACAAAAAAUACUGUAGCCUUUUCUGAUCCCGCUUCUUUUAUGCCAAAGAGUU